AACGCGGAAAUUCACCACGAAUCCAUGCCUGGCAAAACAUUUUGCCCAUCACUAGUUACUACAUGAAUAGGGUGCCACAUAAUAUGCCAAUGUGAAUGAUUCUCAAACCUGAGACAUAUCUGUCCAAUGCCCAUCCAUAUAAGGCUCAGGCAGCCAAUGGGGAGCCCUAAAUGCGGGAAGGGGGAGGGGGUUGGGACAAAUCACUUACAGCCAACUCCCUGCUACUGUGUGAAAGUGAAAGCAGCAACAACAUCAGCAGCAGUCGGUCUUUGCUCAGCCAUUAUCUGACAGGGAAGGGAUGGGAAAUGGCGCGGCCGCUGCUGGAUACAUUCUGCCUUCUCUCCUGGAUUUGCUGCAGCUCAGUCUGUUCUGCACUGAAGGUAUCGGAUCCUCCCUCUCACAAAGCCCUUCUGGGUUCUACAGCUUCUCUCCCUUGCACCUUCUCUCUGGGCAAAUCUCCCAUUGACCACUCAGCAUUGUCCAUCAUCUGGACCUUCAGAGACAAGGAGAUUCUUAGGUACAACAAGGGUCGGACCCUCUCCCAAGCCCGACUGUCUCUGGAUGCUCAGGCCAUAGAGGAAGGGAGGGUGUCUCUGUCGGUCUCCAAUGUAACUGUCUCUGAUGAGGGAACCUACACAUGUGUUGUGAGUUAUAACAUGAAACAAGAACAAGGAGUCAAAUUAGAAGUUGCAGCCGUUCCCAUGGUGACGAUAAGUAGAUCUAAGGAGAACCUGCGCUGCUCAGUGAGUGGGUUCUACCCUGUGGAUAUUGGGGUAACUUGGCUCAGAGACGGGGAGCCCAUACCCCAUUCCUCUAAUAUAGACAAAGCCAUAAGGACAUGGAGUAAUGCAGACGGCACCUACACACUGAACAACUCACUGAGUGUGGCCCCUGGGGGAGACCAGAGAGAGGGGACUUACUCCUGCCAAGUGGAACACAAGUCCCUGCCGGAGCCUCUUCUCAAGGAUCUCCAGUUGGUCUAUAGAGACAACGAGGGGAAAUCCUGUGCAGGGAACAUAGUGGCGGCCAUAUUUGUCACCGCGCUGCUGAUGGGGGCCGGGGUCGCUGUGGGGCUCUGGUGUCUCAUCUACAAGAGGAAACUGAAGCCCCAGGAUUCCAUGGCACUUUCCCUGACUGACUCCGGAGAGGUUCUGAGCUGCCUGACCCUGCGAGAGUUUUACCCCAGAGGGAUCCAGAUCAGAUGGAGCUGUGGGUUUGGUUACUACCGGGAUCUGGAAUCCAUCAGUGAAAGAUUUACUCACAAUUCUAGCAAUACUUACAAUACUGAGAGUGAGUGUAAGAUCCCGGGGCAACUCUUCAUAGACCCAGGAUUCAAAGUGCGAGUGACCUGGAACCAACAAUCCGGCGCCGGGCAGGGGUCCCGGGAGUUCUCUGCCAGAGAUCCAGAAUUCCCCUGGCGCCCACAGAUGGAGGAGUUAAUUACCCCUAACCUGAUACACGGCACAGAGGGCAGAUUCCAGUGUAAGAUCUGGGGGUAUUUCCCUGAUGCUCUGGAGGUGAAAUGGCUGAGGAGAGAAGCAGGGGGGCAGGAAUUAUUCUCUGUGUCUCCCAGUGAGAAAUACAAGAUCCCAGAGAUGGAGCAGAAGAGAGAAGCUGAUGGGACCUUCUCCUGCACAGCCGCCCUCAUUGUCUCUGUGUCACUAGCAAGUGAGCAGGGGGUGCAAAUUAUCUGCCGGGUGGGGCACCCCAGUCUGGGGGAACCCCUAGAGAGACGCAUCGGGGCCCUCAGGGUGGGAGGGGCCCCGGUUAUAAGGAGCAUCACUUACAUGGGGGAUAAAGUAACAGCAGAAAUAGACCAGUUCCACCCACAGGGCAUUACAGUGACUUGGAGUCGGAACAAGGAAGGGAAGGAUGACAAAUAUGAAGAGUAUGAAGCCCCCCGUAUCACUAAUGAGUCCCACCCUAACAGUGACGGCACCUACAGGAUAAUCAGCUCCUGUGAUACAAAGGGGAAAGUUAGGAACAAAGAUAAACAGAUAAAGCUGCGAGUGGAACAUGAGGCCCUGGGGACCCCCAUUGAGAGGAUCAUUCUGCAUAAGGAAGGGAAGUAUUAUGAGCAGCGCGGGGACCAGAACAUUCCUGUGCCAGAACAUAAGGAGUAAAGUGUGCCGAGGCCGCUGUAUGGGCAGGUGGGAGAAUCCUGGCUCAGAGAUGGAGCUGCUAC